AUGAUGAUCAGUCAAGCGAGCUGUUUUUGGGAAGAGAGACAGAGGAAUCACAAGACCAAAGAUAAGAUCCAGACAAUGACAAAAGUAUGUCCUAAACCGGAAGAGAAGAGAGUGUGUGAAGCAGAGGUUGAACCAAUAUCAGCAGAUGUGAGCUUUGCUUCUAAUCAUUUUCCAUCAUACAAGUUAGGACCUGAUGAUCAGAUAAUUGAUGAACCUGAGGAAGAUGGAAAAUGUCCAUCUGUGAAAGAUAUUAUCGAUAAAGAGACAGAAGAUUUGUCAGAUCAGAACAAACGGCUCUCAGUUCGUGACCUCGCUUGCAAAUUCGACAAGAAUUUAUCUGCAGCUGCUAAAUUAGUAGACGAGGCAAAGUUAAAUGAAGUGACUUCUUUAGAAGGACAUGUAAUGCUAAAGAAACUUAGAGAUGCUUUAGAGUUUAUGAGAGGUCGUAUGGAUGGGCGUAACAAGGAAGAAGUGGAAAAAGCUAUCUCCAUGGUUGAGGCUCUAGCUGUGAAGUUGACUCAAAAUGAAGGUGAACUAAUUCAAGAAAAGUUUGAAAUAAAGAAACUGGCAAGCUUCCUCAAGCAGGCUUCAGAAGAUGCGAAGAAGUUAGUGAACCAGGAAAGGUCGUUUGCUUGUGCUGAAAUAGAGAGUGCAAGGGGUCUUGUGAUGAGACUUGGAGGUGCAUUUGAAGAACAGGAGCUUUCUUCUAAAGCUUCUCGAGCUCAGGGACCGAAUGUGGAGAAGUUGGUUGAGGAGAUUCAGGAUGCUAGACGAAUCAGACGAAUGCAUCAACCUACCAAGGUGAUGGGUAUGCAACAUGAGCUUCAUGAUUUAAAGAGUCAAAUCCAAGAGAAGUCUGCAUAUUCUAUUAAGCUUCAAAGAGAGAUAGCAAUAAUCAAGAGAGCAGAGGGGUCCAAGUCAUGUCCAUAUGUUCUUGAUGGUGCACAAAGCCUUGGCUCUUGCCUAAGAAUACGUGCCUCACCAGAUAGUGCCUUAGAUAUUUCAAAAUGUUCAAUCCAGUGGUACCGUGCAGCGUCUGAGUCUAGUCGAAGAGAAGCUAUAUCUGGUGCAAACCUGUCUGUAUAUGCUCCAGAACCGUUUGAUGUUGGGCGAGUUAUACAAGCAGAUAUACUAUCUAACAGCCAGAAAUUCACUGUUACAACGGACGGUCCAAUUAAUACCGCGGCUGGUUUGCAGUCACGCGUUGAAUCACUCCUGCGAAAAUCUAACAGUGAAUUCACAGUGGUUAUAUCACAGAUGAAUGGGCAAGAUCAUUCAUCAAGAUCCCACAUAUUUAGUGUUGGAAAGACGAGGAUUAAGCUGUCCAGAGGAUGGAUCACAAAAGCCAGAGAUAUAUAUUCAACCUCCAUGCAGCUUUGUGGAGUGAGAGGCAAUGCUAAUGUUCCUGCAAAGGCGUUGUUUUGGCAACCAAGAAAAGGUUUAACUUUCUUACUAACUUUCGAGUCAGAGCAAGAACGUAAUGCAGCCAUAGUUCUCUCCCGGAAAUACGCCUAUGAUUGCAAUGUCACUCUGGUUGGACCAGACGAUUGA